AUGACUGUCAUCAAUAAUCACAUUAGAUCGUUAAAUGCUGCUUUUAAAAUGGAGACUUAUAAAGUAGUUCCUAAAAAUAGAUAUUGUCGUCAUUAUGCUACUGUUGUUAAAGAAGAGUCUGAUAAUAAAAAAACUGUAGAAGAGUCAUCUGGUUGGUUUGGAUUUGGCAAGAAGGAGAAGAAGACAGAAUCAAGAAGAGCAAGUAAUCCUGGUGGUGAGUUUGAUGGAUUAUGGGUUUACUUAUAUCCAAAUAAUGGUGUAAAUUGUUAUUCACCUGCUUGGUAUUCAAUUAGAGUUUUACCACUUUCUGCCACAAAAACAACAUUACAAUAUGAUAUAUAUACCAAGAAGGGAAUAAAUGAAUUUGAAAAAAAGGAAUUUGUUGAUUUUUUACAAUUAGUUGAAUUAGAAGAUUUUGAAUUAUGUCAAUUAACUCAAAAAAAUUUAAAUGAAGGAAUUUAUAGUUCUGGUUAUUUACAUCCUGAAAAAGAAAGAGGUGUUUUGUAUUAUCAAACUUUAGUUCGUGAUAUGAUUAAAGAACAUUAUGAAUUAGAACAAAAAAAUGAUGGAAAACCAAUUGAUCCUGCUUCAAUUCAAGCAAAUCCAAAAAAUAAAGAUAUUUUGGAAUUAGAACAAAUAUGUCAAUCAUUAGAUUGUUCUAGUGGUACGGGAGAUAGUAAAAUGGAUUGGUAA